UCUAAAGGGUUGGGAGCAUGUUUAAUGCAAGAAGACAAACCAGUUGCGUAUACGUCAAGACGACCAUUGACAGAAACAGAGUGCAGAUAUGCACAAAUAGAAAAGGAAAUGUUAGCUAUAGUGUUUGCAGCUGAACAUUUUCACCAUUAUAUUUUUGGAAGAACUGUGAUUGUACAAUCAGAUCACAAACCUUUGCAAACUAUUGUGACUAAGCCUUUACAUAAGAUUUCACCAAGACUUCAGUUGAUGAUGUUAAGACUGUUGAGAUAUCAAUUAACAGUAACUUACACUCCAGGUUCAAAAAUGCAAAUAGCUGAUACGUUAUCGCGUGCGUACAUCAAUGGUCAAGAACAAUCAAAUUCAAAUGAUGACAUGGUUAUGAGAAUUCAUAGCGCAACAGCACAGUUUCCGGGAAGUGAUCAGAAGAUUAUUGAAAUUAGAAGGAAAACUGAAUCUGAUGCUAAAUUAAAACUUGUAAUGAAUUAUGUCAGAGAAGGUUGGCCAAAGAUAAAAACUCAAGUUCAUGAAACAGUGAAAGUGUAUUGGUCAUUUAAAGACAGUAUUCAUGAAGAGAAUGGAAUAUUGUUUUAUGAGAACAGAAUUAUAAUUCCUUCAAGUAUGAGAAAUGAAAUUUUCGACAAGUUGCACACAGGUCAUUUUGGUCUUGAGAAAACCAGAUCGAAGGCAAGACAGAGUGUGUAUUGGCCAGGAUUGUCUAAAGAUAUUGUUUCGACAAUAAUGAAAUGCGCAACAUGUGCAACGUUCAAAAGAAAUAAUGUGAAGGAAAAAUUGCUACCUUAUGCUGUACCAGACAGACCAUGGAAAAAGGUUGCGACAGAUUUGUUUGAAUGGCGGAACAAUGACUAUUUGCUAGUUGUGGACUAUUUCUCCAAAUAUCCUGAAAUAAAACGACUAGAGAACAAAACAGCAGAAUGUGUUAUCAGGGCAAUGAAAGGUAUUUUUGCUAGACAUGGCAUACCAGAAGAAAUAGUAAGCGAUAAUAUGCCAUUCAAUAACUAUCAAUAUAGAGAGUUUGCUUCUGAAUGGGGUUUCAAGAUAACAACAUCAAGUCCCAGAUACCCUCAAUCAAAUGGACAAAGUGAGGUGUAUGUUGGUAUCGUAAAGCAGAUAUUCAACAAAGCAUACAAAAGUGGGAAAGAUCCAUAUCUCGCUAUGCUCGAGUAUAGAAAUACUCCGAUAAGCGGACUGCUUUAUUCGCCAUCACAACUGCUGAUGAGUAGAAGACUCAGGGACAUCAUUCCAACUGAUCCCAAACUAUUGAAACCAUCGGUAGCUGAAAAUGCAGAGACAUUACUCAACGAACGACAGAGGAAAAGCAAAGUGAGGUAGAUGCAAAAGCAAGGUUACAUAAAGACUACUCUGUCGGGGAGAAGGUGAGAGUUCGUCUAGGACAAACAUGGCAGAAAGCAGUCGUCAUUAAGAAACAUCCAUCACCCAGAUCUUACAUCAUAAAGACAAAUGAUGGGAAAACAUACAGACGAAAUCAACGGUUUUUAAACAAGAACUACGAAGAAGACAUCUCUGGGUACUAUGACACCGACGAAGACAAUGAACAGCAAACUGUUAGAA